AUGCGCCGGGAUUCUCUCACCGAGGAGGGAAACCUCUCGGACGACUUGAUGAUUCCGGAUCAGGAUGACGCCCAGGCUUUUCUGCAGCCCGCCAUGAGCGCGGCAGCCAGCCAUCUUACCUCUUUACACACGCCCGCAAUUGAAAAGGCUGCUGCCCUGAAAGGCUUGGGAGCUAAUGGCUUCUUUGACGAGCCCGAGCUUCACGUGUCCGGCGAUGACGAUGGAGAUGGAGAUGGAGACGGAGACACAACGCCGGAAGCAGCAACGUCGCCCAAGUCGCCUUCGCACAUCCCGAGAAAACCCACCAUUCAGCUGGAGCCUGGCCUCAAAGACGAGCCACGACGACUCGCUCCUUCAUCCCCAUGGAAGUCUCAGGCGCUGACAAAAGACGGAGGGCCCUUCAGCGACGCCCGCGGCAUUCUCCAAGCCGCCUUUGAGCCCACACGCCAACGCUCGAGAUCCGCGGGCCAGGAGGCCUUGAAGAAGCUUCAGCAGGCGUCACACUUCCUGCCGUCGCUGCCCAAGUCGUUCCUGUCCAGCUUCACCGACAGCAAGCAGAGCCAGCGCAGUCGAUCGGCUGCUCCCCGACGCCAUGGCCAUUCCUCGUCGAAUUCGAACUCUUCGCCGUCUCAGAGCCCAGCAAACGGGCACUUGGAUCCGAAUGCUGCCGGUACAGAGCAACGACCGCCAUUGCUGCGCAGGGUGACAUCUGACGAUAGCAUGCUCUAUCACAGCCUGUCUCGCGCUUCUUCCCUGGGCGAUAACGAUCGCUUCACCGACGUCCGCAGCCAGGUCAACGUUCGGUUCAUGGCCAUCAAGGACAGCUUGCCCGACGUGCCCAACUUCAAGAUGCCCAGCAUGCCCAGCCUGGCCAAGCUGCAGGCAGUAUCGAGGAGGUCGACCAUCUCGCUCAACAACAUCUUUUUCAAUGAGCCAGCCUCACAUUCCAAGCAGAACCUGGAUCAGGAGCCGACGACGACGACGAGCAGCAACGCCAAGGACGACUCGGAACGCCUCGACCGUGUGCUGGAGGAGCUGACAGGAGACAUUGUCAUCAUGGGCGGCUACCGCGGCUCGAUUUUGCGGUCUGCCGAGCCGCCUCACCAGCAGCUGUGGGCGCCGGUCAAGCUGGGGCUCAACAUGCGAAAGGCCAACCUCGAGGUGGGCCUGGACGACGAGGACGAGGAGACGAUGGAGGAGCGCAUCAUCCCGUCGGGCAUGCUGCAGCACAUCGGGCCCAUUGACAUCUCGCGCAAGUUCUUCAAGAAGCUGCGCUCGUGCGAGAACGCGAGGACCGGCCGCCUGCGCGUGUGGGAUUACGGCUACGACUGGCGCCUGAGUCCCUCGCGGCUCUCCAAGGGGCUGCAGGACUUUCUGCAGACGCUGCCGUCGAACCAGCCCGGCGUGCCCGCGGAGUCGCGCGGCGCCAUCGUCGUCGCCCACAGCCUCGGCGGGCUCAUCACGCGCCAUGCCGUCAACCAGCAGCCGCACCUCUUCGCCGGCGUGCUGUACUGCGGGACGCCCAUGCGGUGCAUCAACAUCCUGGGGCCCCUGCGCAACGGCGACGCGGUGCUGUUCAACGACAAGCUACUGACGGCGCAGGUCAACUUCUCGAUCCGCACGUCGUUUGCGCUGCUGCCCGACGACGGCUUCUGCUUCAUCGACCGCUACACGGGCGAGUCGUAUCCCGUCGACUUCUACAACCCGGACAACUGGGUCAGGUGGCAUCUCAGCCCGUGUCUGGCGCCGGCGCUGCCUCCGUUUAAUCGCCCGGCGGCGCACUCGCCCCUGGCCGCCUUCUUCCCCAACAGCCUCAUCCCGCUCUCUCAGUCUCCGGCCCAGGCCCCUUAUUCCAACACCGCCCUCCCGCCGUCUCCCCCCUCGUCCGACAUGGAUCCGGAGCGCUUCCGUCGCAACUACGAGUAUCUCACCCGCACCCUGGCCUCCAUCAAGCAGUUCCGGUCCGAGCUGGCGCACAUCCCGGCCCAUCAAGACGCCAACGCAUAUCCGCCCCUGGCCGUAAUCUACUCCAAGAGCAUUCCCACCGUGUACGCCGCGCGGGUCAACGGCCGGGACGCGAUCCCUUGCUCCGACGCGUACGACGACCUGGUCUUUCGGCCUGGUGAUGGCGUCGUGCUGGCAAAGGAGAGCAUGUUGCCGGACGGAUACUCGAUUGCAAAGGGGGGCAGGGUGAGCACCGAGCGAGGCCACGUCUCCAUGAUGGGCGACAUGCCGGCUUUGGGCAAGGCCUUGGGGGCGCUUCUCAAGGGGAGACGGAAGGGUAUUGGAUAUGGUGCCGUGAGCAGCCCAGCAGCAGCGCCGUAG